AUGAGACCAUUCACUCUUCUCACUCUCGCGGGUCUCACCACGUUCGCUACUGCAACUCCCAUCUCACCUUCACGGACAUAUCCCAUCCAAGCGCGCCAGAAUAAUAGCUCAUCGGCACCAUGCGCUCAAGUUUCUCAGUACAUGUACGACAGUGGAGCCCCAAAUAUCAGGCAGCAGAUGCCCGCAGGUCUAGCCUGGGACUGCUUGAACACGGUUGCCUUCAAUUCCACCUCUGCAAAGGGUCUGCUCAAGGCGAUCCGGCCCUACAUUGAGUGGCAAAGCACUCUCGAUGUGCUUGCCGAUCCACCUGCCGAGUACGUGGAGAAGGUGCAGCCCGCCAUCGACAUUCUAGGAGGUCUUGACAAGAUUGAAGAGGACAUUGACGCUGGCAAAUUUAAGAACGAGUACGCGUUUGGCUGGUCACUUUACACCCUCAUACAAGGGGCUCAUGACGGCCACUUCACAUACGUUCCCGAUUCCGUCGGCGGCAUCUUCACCUGGAGUCGUCCCAUUCCACUCGUUUCUGUGUCCGAGGAUGGUACGCAGCUGCCGGCCGUCUUCGCCUUCCCGGAUGUGCUGGGAAUGCAAUUCAAGAACAUCUCUUAUUCCCCUUCGCCCGUUGUUGAGAUCGAUGGCAUGGACGUGAUCAAAUUCCUCGAGGAUCUGAGCCAACUUGGCUCUCUUCAGGAUCGCGAUGCCCUGUAUAACAACGUCUUCUACGAGCUUGCUCAGGUCAGCCUCGGUGGCUCGGGCUCUGGAACUGGAAUGUUUACUGGUGGAGGUCGUGGACGAUGGGUUUAUCCUGGCCCCACCACUACACUCAAAUUCGCUAAUGGGACCGAAUCGACAAUGGAAAACUCGGCACACGUGACUCUCAGUUUCCGCAAUAUCAAUUCCGGUGAGGAUUUGGCUUCCAAGUGGUUCAGCUGGGGAUCUCCAGGCGACUUUACCAAGACGGAAGUACAAGACGUGCAGACACAAUCUCCCAAGGACAUAUCCAAGCCUGCUCAGGAUGGCGCGACUGCGGCUGCCCCUGGAUUCCCGAAACCUAUAGUUCCCGGGCCCAUGAACCUUAUCAAUGGGUUCUACAUUGAGGCCGAGGGCUACGAAGAUGUCGCAGUCUUGCAAGUGCCCAACUUCGUCGGGGCCAGUAGCUCGGAGGUUCCAUUCCAACAAGUGUCCCAAAAGUUCAUUCCCAAAGCGCUUGCAGACGGCAAGACCAAAUUGAUCAUUGAUCUGCAGGCCAAUGGAGGUGGAACGAUCCUCCAGGGCUAUGACUUGUUCAAGCAGCUUUUUCCUAACCUUGAGCCUUACGGUGCUAAUCGGUUUCGUGCCAUUGAGGCUGUCGACCUGAUCGGCCAGGCCUAUAGCGAAUACGGUUCAAAAUUUCCUCGUGUUUAUAAUCCUGGAAACAAAUCGGUUUCUCAAGCGCAGGCUUCUUACUUCGACUAUCAUACAGACAUGACGGUUGAUGGCACGCCCUUUACAUCUUGGGACGAGAAGUUUGGCCCCGUGGUGGUAGAGGGAAAUUCGUAUACCUCACUGUCUCGCUGGAAUCUUUCGGACGUCUAUGUUCCCUUCGCUUCAGGUGGGAUCAAUGUGACUGGUUACGCUUCUCUUUCCAAUGUAACUGGUCCACCGCGGUUCGAUCCAAACAACAUCGUCCUUGUUACCGACGGCUAUUGUGCUUCCACUUGUGCUAUAUUCAGCGAACUCAUGACGCAACAAGCUGGUGUGAAGACCAUCGCGAUGGGGGGUCGCAGCAAUAAGAAUGCAAUCCAGGCCGUCGGUGGAGUAAAGGGCGUAAACAACUACCAAUAUGGGUUCAUCCAACAGCUGGCGCAAUAUUCUGUUCGCUAUCAACCGUCACUGAACCAGUCCAUUCUGAGGAAAGAUUACUACAACGAUCUUCCAUUCAAUCGCGCGAGUGGUGGUCCUGCUGUGAACACUCGCGAUGGGGUGCGCUACAAUGACACCUCAGCUACUCCGUUACAGUUCAUGUACGAGGAAGCAGAUUGUCGUCUUUACUACACACCUGAGAUGACUGUGGACAUUACGUCGCUUUGGAAGGCUGCAGCGGACGCUCGGUGGAGCGACAAGGGCAAAUGUGUGUCUGGAGACGGUCACGGCGGAAAGCGAAGCGUUCAUGAAGCCACCACGAAGCUUAGCCCACGGCGCGUUCAUGUGGCAGCCGCUGUUGCCGUCAAGCAGGUGGAAGCUUUUGAGAAGACAUUUUCGUUGAAGACGGAGUGCACGUUGAAAGGUGAUGGUUUCAUGCACCCAUAG